AUGAAAGUGAUCACCGCCAAUUUCGUGACAUGCGCCGUGAAGGAAUGCAAGACAUCCCCGGCCUCAUUCCCAUUACAUUUCCAAGACGCCGAGCUCGAGCAACAAGAACUAGACUUCCAGCCCGAAUUCAUCCGCAACGUUCUCCCCCGAAUUGACUGGGAAGCCCUGCGCACCGUUUCCAACGAGCUUGGGUUCCCGAGUCUUCCAGAUUCGAAACCUGAGGGCGAGGCUCUCGACAACGAGCAGACAUUGAAGGACUUGCAUCGGUUGCUUCUUGAGACGCAUGUCACGGAAGGGAAAUUGACCUGUGGGAACUGUGGUCAUUCAUAUAUGAUUAAGGAGGGAAUUGCGAACUUCCUUCUUCCAAGCCACCUUGGUGAGAAAUCUUCUUUUCCCUUGGGUAUGUUCGUUUGCUAA